UGUCCGUCGCCAACCUAAGCUUACAUCUUCAACCAAGACCACACCAUCUCAGCUUCGCGAAGAUUCUCUCCGCCACAGAACCGCCAAAGCAAAAGUCGAGUCUCAAAUCGAGGGUGCAAUUUCUUGGAGCUCUUCUGAUGCUUUGCGCCACCAACCCCUCAGCAGCGAGUGCGUGAACACAUCAUACACUACAGACGGAAGCUGUCGCCUCGCUACAAAGGCACGCCCAAAACCCCGGAAACUCCUGCAGGUUUCUUCCGACUCCUGCGCAACACCCGCAUAACAUUCAAAGUAGUCUUCUUAGGGGAAGAAACAAUGAUUAUUGUUACUGGGGCAAGGUAGCACCGAUUCGCGUGCUGCGGCCAGGAAGCCGGGGCUGAUCCUCCCCUCUCGAAUCUCGAAAUUUAUAAAGACGCUCGUUUCCCAGCAGACUUGGGGUUAUCGCGGUUUAGACGACAUUCAAACACAAGACGCACAGCCUCGAAUAGUAUUCUGAACCGGGUGAACGAACCCAGGCGACACAUCAAAGACACUGUCAAACCUACCGCAAUCAACCCGACGAGGGGACCUGCUCCAUUUCUUCACGGCAUCUGACUGACAGAACCCAACCAUGGAUCUCGCGCGAACGCUGGUGCGCUCCGUCGUGCGCGCCUUCUACGACACUAAGCACAUCUUGGUCGUGGACGCGCUCGUCAUCCACUCGGCCCUACGCGACGAUGACCUCGCCUACCUCAUGAACAUGAAUACAAAGGACCUGCACAAGCUGUGCGGUCGCCUCAAGGAGGACCGCUUCCUGACAGUGCACACGCGCCCGGAGCUCAAGGAGGGCCAGCAGCGGCCUGUGAACCGCAUGUACUACUUUAUUGACUAUCGCCAGACCAUCGAUGCCAUAAAAUGGCGCGUCUAUACGGUCGACAAGCAGAUGCAGGGCGUCACCGUGCCCGCCGACGAGCGCAAGGAGUACUUUUGCCUCCGCGUCGGCUGCAAGAAGGAGUACUCGCUCAUGGAGGUCCUCGACAAGCCUAGUGCCAGGGGUUUCCUCUGCCACGACUGCGGCUCCGUCCUCAAGCAUGACCCCGACGGCGGUGGCGGCGGCCACAAGCAGUCGACCCGCAUGAACGACCAGUUCAAGUUCAUCACCGGCAUGCUGCCCCAGAUCGACUCGGUCGUCGUCCCCGAGUGCACCUUUGACCUGGCCUACAACGCCGCGCGCCCCGUCGUCCGCGACGCCCUGCACCAGGUCGUGGCCAGUGUCGCCGUCGAGCCCACUCACCGCCAGGCCGCUGUCAAGGGUCUGGCUGACACGGGCCCCAAGUCCAUCGAUAUCAACCUCUUGUCGGCCAACGGGCCCUCCGAGGCCGACAAGGAGGCCGAGCGCCAACGCAAGGCCAAGCACGCCGAACAGAAUGCCCUGCCCAGCUGGAUCGCCCAGAGUACCAUUAGCGGCGAGGCAUAUGAGCUCGACCCCGCCAGGACCGGCGCCGUCGCCGGCGCGAUCGCCAGCACGACCACGACCGAGACCAAAAAGGACGCGAUGGACGCAAAGGACCACGCCGAAAUCGACGACUACUUUGCCAAGCUCGCCAAAGAGCAAGAGGCUGAGGCGGCCAGGAAGGCGGCCGAGGCCGAGGAGGAGGAUGAUGACGACGACGAGGACGACGAUGGCAUGUUUGAGGAUGUCGUUGCCGGCGGCACCCCGGCCGUGGAGACCCCCAAGUCGUCGUUGAAGCGCGAGGCCUCUUCGGGCUCCGAGGGCAAACCUGCAAAGAAGGUCAAGGUUGAAGAGCCAAGUCCAACAGUAAAUGCCGCAGCAGACGCCGCUGGAGGCGAUGAAAGCGAUGAUGAGAUUGAAUUUGAGGAUGUUUAAGGGCGUUUAUUUAUUCAUUGUUUUUCUUUUCUCUUCUUCUUUCUAUUCUUGUAAUCUAUUCACACAAUUCGGGGACAAAAACAAAACAGGGAGCACUAAAAUUACGAAGCAUAGAUUAUACCAGACACCACGCGCAAGCAGAAUUAAUCAUUACCAUAACCAUUGACC